AAGAAUGUCCGUAAAGGUGACUUCAUGUACAAGCCAAAAACUCUGACCAUUUUAUCAUUGGCCAUUGGAGAUGUUCUUCUGGCUCUGUUUCCCAUGGUUGUGUACACGAGAAUUUUGUUCAAUGAGUACGAGCCCAGGACAAUGCCAUGUAGUUUGUAUUCGACUUCUAAUGUGUACAUGCCUUACCUCAUCACCUUCGUGUACGGCUUCGGGUUAAUGGUGUUAGGAUUAGAAAUGAUUCUACAUCACAGGAUAUCUUCGUUGGUGAAAAACUCAAAAAUCGUUUGUUCCAUCGUCUGCAGCAGUAUUCCAUGGGUACUUGGACUUAUCAUUGUCUUGCCCCUUGGUUUGAAAAACAUAAACAUGGACACCUGUGAAGACCACCGGAACAUUGAUCAGUGGAGAGCCUUGCUUGCGAUUGGUAUUUUUCUGCCAGCCUGUGGUGCAGUACUCACUUCCAUCAUCGUCAAAUGCAAAGUCAAAUCACCACACCGACAGGCGGUGAAUAACUGCCCUCAAGUCAUGGUUACCUCGAGUACUCAGCAAACGGCCCAUGGCAGUGCUCCACUCACAAAGCAGCAGGGACUGCUCCCGACAGCACCAGCUUAUCAUUUUGAGCAGCCGUCAACCUUCGCCUCACCAACUUACGCCUUCCCAUCACAGCUACAAUACGAUCAAGAAAAAUCCCAACAGUUUUACGACAUGCUAGCAACAUCUCCGUGUGCCCUAAUAACGCAACCACACUACAUGCAUAGCGGUAAUCCUUCUGGUAAUUUCUUAAACGGCACUACUCCGAUGCAACCCACGGUGUUGGUGGGGGAGAACUCGUCCGACUCAUCGCAGAAACCUGCCAGACUUUUGGUCAUUUCAAUAGUUUUUCUCUUAUUAGUUACGCCUUUUGCCAUAUUUAUUUUGGGCUAUCUAUUUGACACAGACGCCAUACCCCUGGGAUUAGUGGGUACUGUGACUGUAGCUAGCAUAGUAUUUUGGCUCAAUAUUAUCAGAUCUGUCAUCACGCCACUCAUAAUGUACGGCUAUUCUGAUAACUAA